AUGGCGGCUGCGGGGAGGGUCGCGCUUCGCGUCGGGCGCUUCGCUGUGAAGCCAGGAGGACGGCUCUUCUCUCACAGCCCGAGCGCAGCUGCCGCCCUCACCGCGGAACAGCUGGCGGAGAAAAUACGCGCUCAGAAGCGGGAGCGGCUGAAAACGCCGAAGGUGGAAGUUCCAAAAGAUCCAGUGCUGAGGCGCGUACAAGAACUCAUUCAGCUCACCCAACAGCUACAGCGGGUUCAUCCUAAUGUGUUGGCCAAAGCACUCAAACAGGGGAUCCUGUACCAGAAUAAAGAGAUUGUGGUGAUUAAUAAGCCAUACGGCCUUCCUGUACAUGGUGGUCCUGGGGUUAAAAGUUGUAUCACGGAUGUGCUGCCAAUCCUGGCGAAGAUGUUGGAUGGCAUGAACGCUGAACCCCUGUACCUUUGUCACCGGCUGGACAAAGAGACAACGGGUGUGAUGGUGCUAGCGCGGGAUAAGGACACUGCAGACAGGAUCCACAAGUUCUUCAGAACCCGACAAGUGGAAAAGAAAUACUGGGCAAUCUGUGUCGGAGCACCAGAGCCAGCAGAUGGGCUGGUGGACAUUCCCAUUGUGGAGAAACAAGUGGAGAGUCACCAGUCACACUUCAAGAUGACACUUGCUCCAAACUAUCGUGUUUCCCAUGAGGAUGGGAAGACAUUCAGAGUACGCCAACAUAGAGAUGCCCAGGCGGCAGUGACCCGCUACCGAGUUCUGAGUAGUGCUUCUUCUUGUUCCCUCCUUGAACUCCAGCCCAUCACAGGAGUGAAACAUCAGCUCAGAGUCCACUUGGCCUACGGCUUGGGCUGUCCAGUCCUUGGGGACCACAAGUACUCACAUUGGAGCAAGUUGGCACCACAGAAGCUUCCCGCAAAAGCGCUGAAGAGGCUGGGUUUGGAACAGGUCAAAGCCCGUUACCUCCCCCUCCACCUACAUGCCUGUGAGCUGACCCUGCCUGAGGGAGAUGAGAACGAGGAGAAGAUCCAUUUAGUCUGCAAACCACCCCGCUUCUUCUUCCGCUCUUUAAAGCGCUUGAAUUUAGACUUUCCAGAGGGGGAGAAAUAG